AUUCAAUAUGAAGCCCUUCAAGAUCAAUAUGAUGAUUUGAAAAAAGAAUUAAAUGAAGAAAAAGAAAAAAUACAAGAACUACAAGAAAAAUUAAAUAUUAAAGAAUCUUGUAUUAAUGAAUUAGCAAAACAAGAAAAGAAUGAAUUUAUUGUUGAUGACAAUGAAUAUGAUUGUUUAACAAAUUGGAAAAUUGAUGAAAAAAAAGAAAUUAAUGAUUCAACUAAAAAUUUUAAUAGUUAUAGUUAUUUAAUAGACAAUAAAAAAUUUGAUGAAAUUGGUUAUUUUGAUUUUGAUUAG